UGGGGUGCCUUGGCCCCUGGGGCAGGUUCGGUUGAGUCGCGAAGGGUCUGUCGCUGUCGGGAGGCAGGAAAAUGGCGCUGACGCAGGGGACCAAGCGGAAAGUCUGUUAUUACUAUGAUGGGGACGUUGGAAACUACUAUUAUGGCCAGGGCCAUCCAAUGAAGCCCCACAGGAUCCGAAUGACCCAUAACCUCCUGCUGAACUAUGGCCUUUACAGAAAAAUGGAGAUCUAUCGUCCCCACAAAGCGAAUGCUGAAGAAAUGACCAAGUACCAUAGUGAUGACUACAUUAAAUUUCUGAGAUCUAUACGCCCAGAUAAUAUGUCUGAGUACAGCAAGCAGAUGCAAAGAUUCAACGUUGGGGAAGAUUGCCCCGUGUUUGAUGGAUUGUUUGAGUUUUGUCAGCUGUCUGCAGGAGGAUCUGUCGCCAGUGCUGUGAAGCUGAACAAACAGCAAACAGAUAUUGCUGUGAAUUGGGCAGGAGGCCUUCACCAUGCUAAGAAGUCAGAGGCUUCUGGUUUCUGUUAUGUCAAUGAUAUAGUCUUAGCCAUCUUGGAACUGCUAAAGUACCACCAGAGAGUGCUGUAUAUUGACAUUGAUAUUCACCAUGGAGAUGGUGUGGAGGAGGCCUUUUAUACCACAGACCGUGUCAUGACAGUAUCCUUCCAUAAAUAUGGAGAAUACUUCCCAGGAACAGGGGACCUGCGGGAUAUUGGUGCAGGCAAAGGCAAAUAUUAUGCUGUCAACUAUCCCCUCCGGGACGGGAUUGACGAUGAGUCCUAUGAGGCAAUAUUUAAGCCGGUGAUAUCUAAAGUGAUGGAGACGUUCCAGCCCAGCGCAGUUGCCCUGCAGUGUGGAUCAGAUUCUCUGUCAGGGGACAGGUUGGGCUGUUUUAAUCUGACCAUCAAAGGUCAUGCCAAGUGUGUGGAGUUCGUAAAGAGUUUUAAUUUGCCCAUGCUGAUGUUAGGAGGAGGUGGCUACACGAUCCGCAAUGUGGCUAGAUGCUGGACCUACGAGACGGCUGUAGCUUUGGACACUGAAAUUCCAAAUGAGCUUCCGUAUAAUGACUAUUUCGAAUACUUUGGACCAGACUUUAAACUCCACAUCAGUCCUUCAAAUAUGACCAAUCAGAACACCAAUGAGUAUCUUGAGAAGAUUAAGCAGCGUCUCUUUGAGAAUUUACGUAUGCUUCCUCAUGCCCCUGGCGUCCAGAUGCAGCCAAUUCCUGAGGAUGCUGUUCAGGAAGAUAGUGGAGAUGAAGAUGAAGAAGAUCCUGACAAACGCAUUUCAAUCCGCAAUUCUGAUAAGAGAAUAGCCUGUGAUGAAGAAUUCUCAGAUUCUGAAGAUGAAGGAGAAGGUGGUCGCAAAAAUGUUGCCAACUAUAAGAAAGCCAAGCGUGCAAAAACAGAAGAGGAUAAAGAGGAGGAGGAGAAAAAAGAUGAGAAAGAAGAGGAGAAAACAAAAGAGGAGAAAGCAGAACCUAAAGGGGUAAAGGAAGAGACUAAAUCAGCCUAAGAUGACUGCAGCUGGACAAUACCUGUCAGUACAUAGUUAUCAUAGGUUAGCUUUUCUGGUUGCCUCCCAUUCCAUAGGAUUUAUAUUUUAUAUAUGUUUCUGUAUAUAUUUCUAUAUAAAUAUAUAAAUGACUUAAGAACUGUAAAUUAUUCCUUGCUGCACUCCGCUGAGAGCAGACAGGGAGGAUUCUGCGGAGUAGACAGACCUGCACUGCCCAAAACUGGCAACUGGGAAGUUUUGCUCUUGCCUUCCACUGCCUCCUUGGUGUGUGUUUUGAAAAAUCACUUUCCUUCCCUUACAGUUUCUUUUGAGAGAAGUCUUCUGGAGAAUAAUAAUUUAAGUAGAAGUAGUAUCUGAAUUUCAGGUUGGGUGGAAAUAUGGCCAUGAAACUUUGUGGGAGAUUUUGAAUUCCCAAACUACACCUGUGAGAGAGUGCUCUGUAGAGCCCAUCUGACUUUUGCCAUGGCAAGUAACUGCAAGCUGGUGCCACUUCUCAGGGUCAAAUAGUGCAGUUCUUGAAAAGAGUUGGCUACCUACCUGCAGCAAAUUUUGUUGAAGGAGUUGAAGCAGCUUAAAAGUAAAUCUGUAAAGCUCUCUGGUGCAUCAGCUCAAGAGCCUUACUGGUACAGAUCUGGAGAGUCCAGAACGAAAAUCACCUUAGCAUGUUAAGAUUUUUUUUUUUUUCCAAGUGGAUACUUCCAAGUCAAGUUAGUGUGGCAGCAUUAUGCAUCUUAAAUGAGAGGAGGGCUCUAAAGAACACUUUAAUUUCUUUUACCUAAAUCCUUAUAUGUGGAGGAAAUGUUACUGUCCCUUGCUCUCCUGCUUACGUCUCUCUGCUCUUUUUCCCAUUCAGCUACACAUGCACAUAUAAGAUGCAUUCUGAGUGGUGAAUGUUGGCUGAAACCACUAUAGAAAUUCCCAUGUCAUCCAAACCAAAUUUGAACAGAGCCUGCCUGAAGCCUCUCCUCAGUGUUGCCACUCACUGAAAUUUCUCACCUGCUGUGAAGCACAAAUGAUUUUUUUAAAUUGGACCUUUCUCCUUGCUGUCUUGGCCAAUAACUUUGGAGAACCCUUUGAAUCUGCAGUCUGGAGCUACUGUUUUUGUAAUAGAACAGCAGAUAGGGCUUUGUAUCUCUUUUCACUUUUCUACCCCCUCCCCCCCAGGGUUUCUUGAGCACAGCACUGGUCUUUACCUCAUAUCUCACUAAUUACAACUGAUCAUUGGAUGAGCUUUCUGUGAAAUGCUUCACUGAGCUCCAGUCGUGCAGAAGUUUUGCAGACAGUUUUGACUCCUUUUCUCAGGGGGAUACCUCUGUCCACAAGAGGAUCUGUACCUCCCACAGAGCGCUGCUGAUAGUUUCAACUCUUAAUGAUGCUGCUAACUUAACACAGGUUAUUUUUUAAAUGUUUUAUUUUUUUAAGUACUUUUUUUUUUUCCCCCCUUUCCACCGUGAGUUUUUAGUCUCUUGAAUCGGAGUGAUGUGCAGCUUCUCCUGCUCUUCAGUGUUUGUAUGCAAAGUGAGAGAGAUCAGUGUAUCUGUGUGUCUGGGAGAAAAAUAUGUUGUGGUUUUUUUAAAGAUGCUUUUAUUUUGAAUUUUGAAAAUCUUUGUAAUAAAACUGGUACAUUUCUA